GCCAGAAGAGGCUGUUGGAUGAAUAGGCUGGAGGAGGCUGUUGGAUCUCCUGGAACUGGAGCUUCAGACAGUUGUGAGCUGCCUGAUGUGAGCACUGGGUACUGGACUCAGGUCCUUUGCAAUAGCAGUAAGUGCUUUUUAAUUACUGAGACAACUCUCUGGCCCCAUGUACUUAUUAAUGCUAAUGAGACCUUGAGGGUGCUGCUGAGAAUAUGCCCUGAUUAUGUAUACCCACACACCAAUACAUCCAUACUCAUCUACACUCUUACUCACACUCAUAUCCAUCCAUAGCCACACAUACCUUGCAUGCCUACAUGGCCACACUCAUACAUGUCCACAGAAUAUACACACACCACAUGCAUAUGUUCUCACAUCCCACUCCCCCCACAUCUAUAGGAUGUGGAGCACACACACACACACACACACACACACACACACACACACACACUUAUGCACAUCACAAGCAUACAGUGACUAAGAAAGCACCGAGAAGAAGAUAUCUUAACAUACGUAGACCCACACUCACCCACACUCCACACAUACUCCUGACACCUGCAUCUCCCUACGUUCACACCCUCACACUUGCUCACACCUACCUCCACACUGUCACACCCCUCCACUUUCAUCCCACUCUUCAUUCUUCACUUACACCUAUUUUACUUCCCACACCCACCUACACUACCCCUCAGUAUCCACAUGCUUAUACCCCCAAUACUCUCACACAUACACAUAUACUUACACACACACACCUACACACACUUUCUCAUCCCAAAUACACUCUCACUACUAUGCUCACACCCAUUCUCACCCUCACAACCUCUCCCACAUUUACACACACACUCUCUCACACCCACCCCCAUCACAUUCUCACCCCUCACACAUACACACACAGCCUGGGCUUGUCUGGCCACCUUUUGAUGGGAAAGUCCUGGGAAGGACUCAGCAGUUCCUAACAGACUGGUGUUAGGACCCAGGAAAGGCCGGAGUGGGACGGAUAUAAAUAGAGGCGAACAAAGUUUGAGGCCCGCUGACAUCACUCUGGCUCUCCACCCAAAGCCACGGCCUGGACUCUGGGCCAACGAGGUGUGGCGGAGCUCAGCUGCAGAAGGAGGCAGCAGAGACAUCCCUGAGCUCCAGGCUGAGCUGAGCUCUGAGCUCCGACUUGAGACGGGAGGCAAGUGCCUGCCAGUCCCAGGCCCAGGACACGGAGGACUCCUGAGCCUACAGGCACCCGGAGGAGGCCCUGGCCUGCCCAGCAGCAACAGCCAGGAGCUUGGGGAACUCUGGUGGAGCUAAGGAGGAGUGCUCACUCAAUCCAGCGCUGCAUCCAGCCUUCGGGUCCCAGAAGACUCCAGUUUGGAGAGGAGAAUCGCCCCAACUGCUCUCAGGCCCUUACACGACACAAACUUUAGGGGACAGACUUGGUGGCCAGAAACCUGUGAUGAAGAUGUCCUUGUCCUCAGGAAGCUGGAGGUAGAGAGGCUCCCUGAAGACUGUGGGGGAUCCCGCCGCCUGGUUCCCACCAUGAGGGAUCUGCCGGCACUGCCUUGCCGCUGGGUCUGGCUACUCUGGUCUUUCUACAGCUUCCAGGUGUGUGGCACCCAGCCCAGAGCCCAGGAACAUCCAGGGUUUGCGGUCCUGGCUUCUGCUUCUCAUUACUGGCCCUUGGAAAAUGUGGAUGGGAUCCUUGAACUUCAGGACACAACUGGAGAUAUCAUGGAAGGGAAGGUCAACAAAGGUAUUUACCUCAAGGAGGAGAAGGGUGUGACAUUCCUCUACUAUGGCAGCUUCAAGUCAUCCUGCAUCAGCAACCCGGCCCAGUGUGGACCUGAGGGAGUGACAUUUUCAUUUUUCUGGAAGACUCAAGGGGAGCAGCCUCGACCAGCCCCCUUCGCUUAUGGGGGACAGGUCAUCUCUGACGGUUUCAAAGUCUGCUCUAGCGGUGGAAAGGGCUCCGUGGAGCUGUACACGCGGGAUAAUUCCAUGACUUGGAAGGCCACCUUCAACCCUCCGGGUCCUUACUGGACUCAUGUUCUGUUCACGUGGAAAUCCAAGGAGGGCCUAAAAGUCUACGUCAACGGGACUCUGAGCACCUCAGACCCGAGUGGGAAAGUGUCUCACACCUACGGGGAGCCUCAUGUCAACCUGGUCAUAGGGUCUGAGCAGGACCAGACCAAGCGUUAUGAGAACGAAGCUUUUGAUGAGUUCAUCAUCUGGGAACGCGCGCUGACCCCCGAUGAGGUCAAGAUGUACUUCACAGCUGCCGUUGGUAAACAUGCUCUGAUGUCUUCAACACCACCGGCGAUGCCCACAGCGCACUCUGUGAUGCCCACAGAUGCCUACCACCCAAUCAUCACCAACCUGACAGAGGAGAGAAAAUGCUUCCAGAGGCCUGGAACGGUGCUUAGAUACCUUCAAAAUGUGUCCCUCAGCUUGCCCAAUAAAUCCCUCUCAGAGGAAACUGCGCUGAACCUCACACAGACCUUCUUAAGAACUGUGGGCGAUGUACUUCUGCUGCCCAGUUGGACCCACGUAUCAGAGGACAACGCCGUGACGCUGGGCCUGGUCGACACCAUCGAUGCCGUCAUGGGCCACAUAUCAUCCAACCUGCAGCCCAGAGAACCCCAUGUCACCCUCACAGGCUCUUCCUCCAUGGCAGAUUUCUCCGUGGCCAAGGUCCUCCCCCCAGCACUGAGCACCCCCCAUUACAGAUUCCCAGCCCAUGGACACAGCUACAUUGAGAUUCCGAGAGAGGCCCUUCACAGCAAAGCCUGGACCACGAUUGUCGGCCUCCUCUACCACUCCAUGCACUAUUACCUGAACAACAUCCCCCCAGCCAGCACAAAGAUUCCUGAGGCUGUGAACUGCAGAGACUGCCUGCUGUCUGUCGCCAGCCACCUGAUCUCCCUGGAGGUGUCCCCACCGCCCACUCUGUCCCAGAACCUCUCGGGCUCUCCUCUGAUCACCGUCCAUCUCAGGCACAAAUUGACUCACAAGCAGUUGGUCGAUGCCACCAAUGAGAGCAACCGCCUCUUCCUGUAUUGUGUCUUCCUUAACUUCAGCUCCGGGGAAGGCAUCUGGUCAAGCCAGGGCUGUGCGCUCACAGAGGGAAACCUCACCCACUCAGUGUGCCGCUGUACGCAUCUCACCAACUUCGCCAUCCUCAUGCAAGUGGUCCCGCUGCAGCUCACACGUGGACACCAGGUGGCGCUGUCGUCCAUCAGUUACGUUGGCUGCUCUCUGUCGGUUCUCUGUCUGGCUGCCACGCUGGUCACCUUUGCAGUCCUGUCUUCUGUCAGUACCAUUCGGAACCAGCGUUACCACAUCCAUGCCAACCUGUCCUUUGCUGUCCUGGUGGCCCAGGUUCUGCUGCUCAUCAGCUUCCGUGUGGAGCCUGGCACGGUCCCGUGCCAGGUGCUGGCUGUUCUCCUGCACUACUUCUUUCUGAGUGCCUUUGCUUGGAUGCUGGUGGAGGGACUGCAUCUCUACAGCAUGGUGAUAAAGGUCUUCGGGUCAGAGGACAGCAAGCAUCUCUACUACUAUGGGAUUGGCUGGGGGUGCCCUCUUCUCAUCUGUGUCAUCUCCAUGUCAUUCUCCAUGGACAGUUAUGGGACAAGUGACAGCUGCUGGUUGUCCCUGGGAAGUGGUGCUAUUUGGGCCUUUGUGGGCCCUGCCCUGCUGGUCAUUGUGGUCAACAUCGUUAUCCUGGUAGCCGUGACGAGGGUCAUUUCCCACAUCAGCACCGACAGCUACAAGAUACACGGGGACCCCAGUGCCUUCAAGUUGACGGCCAAGGCUGUCGCUGUGCUGUUACCCAUCCUGGGAACCUCAUGGGUGUUUGGAGUGCUGGCCGUCAGUGACCGGGCCCUGGUCUUCCAAUACAUGUUUGCUGUCCUCAACUCCUUGCAGGGCCUCUUCAUCUUCCUCUUUCACUGUCUCCUAAACUCAGAGGUGAGAGCUGCCUUCAAGCACAAGACCAAGGUCUGGUCCCUCACAAGCAGCUCUGCCCGCACCACAAACACAAAGCCCUUCAGUUCCGAUAUCGUCAACGGGACCCGGCCAGGCGUGGCAUCCACAAAGUUAAGCCCUUGGGACAAGAGCAGCCUUUCUGCCCACCGUGUGGACCUGUCCACUGUGUGAUCAGGGUGGCUGCCAUUCAAAACAAGUGCCUUCCCCGAAGCAGAGAAAAAAAAAAUGCGCACCCUGCCUCCAUCAUGGGUCCCUCUCCCUGCUGCCUCGGCCUGGGAUCACAGCCCCGACCUAUAACUGUGCAGAGUAUCCUCUUUAUCACUGCAAUUUGACUCAGGGUGGUGUGGCCAGUGAUGAUGUGGCCCUUCUUCCCUGAUGUGGUAGGCACACGUCUGUCCUCUGUGCACACCGGAGUGCGAUGUAGCCCAUGGUGACACUAAGUGUGAACCUCCCUUGUUAUCAUGAGAGCACAGAGCACAGUACCAGCAAGGCUGUGAUAAAUGAGACGGGAGGAUGCAGCUAUAAGAGAUCAUAACCUCCGCCUUGCUGGAGACUCAAAGUUCUAAGGGGUACCUAAGGUCCUGAGUGUCUCCAGAGGGUCAACAGACAUAGCUGAGUUAAUGGCGGCGGGGGGUGGGAUAGGGGGGGGUGAGGCCAGCACUAAUUGGAAUGUACAUCUUCAUGCAAGGGGACGCUAAUUGGGCCACCUCCCACCCUAGCUGUACACCACUUCUGGGGUCUCUGCUUUUGCCUGUCUGGAGUCACCCACUAUCCUGUAGAUGGAGCCUUGUGAAGACAGUCUAAUGGAGCCACUGCCUAGGAACUGACUCAGCCUAUUCCUUGUAAGCUGUGCCUCGCUGGACCUAAAGUCAGCCUUAGGUUUCAAACAUGAGCCUCUCUCUGUCCACUGCCUCCUCCAGGACUGAGAUCCUCUGCUGGGGAACCGCCUACAUCUGCAUCUCCUGGUUUUCUAGGGGGCGUAGCUACCCCUAUGGUAUGCUUUCUCAUUACUUAGAUAUGCCACCUCGGUGCCAACGAGGCACCAGAUCGCUUAGAUAUUGUAUGUCCCUCAUGUCGUACACCAGACCAACCACCACACUGCAGAGACUUCCAUCAGUGACCACACCAAGUCCCCACUCCUGGGCAGGGUGGCCACUGGAGGCUUUUGGGGUUGGCGUGAGUGGACAGAAUCAGACCCAGCCCGGGGAAGCGCAGUCAUUUAGUCAUUGUGACAACUGCUUGUCAACAAGAUCCUCGUGUGGGUGGGGAUCACGGAGAAUUAUGGAACAGGCUGUGAAGGGUCAACUAGUGUGACAGGAACCUAAGUAUCUAUGACAUGCACAGCUCGGAUGGCCAGUCUGACCCUGAUACUGGAAAACCCCCAUUUCCCAUGACAUCCCUGAGCGCCUACCCCCCACACUUGCUUGGCUUUAGAACAUGUUUCCACCCAGUUCUAUGGGUCUUUUGGGCUUUGAUUGAUUUCUUUUCUUUUUCUCCAUUUGUAAUGAAAUGGUGCAAGGGCCUUGCAUAGCUAGGCAAACACUCCACACUGAGCCACACCCGAGCCCCUAAGUGACAGCCCCCAUGAAGGCAUCUCUUCCAGAAGCCAGAAGGCUAUAGGACCAGACUUGGUUCUGUCCAAGCCAGGACUUAGAUCUAUGAGCCAUCUGGGCCCCCGUGACCUACCCUCCUGCAGCCCCUUUGGCCAGUGCGGCUGAGGUCAUGCCGAGACUCUGUGUUUGGUGACGAGUCCUGUCUACAGAAUGUGUGUGGUCACUGCUCAGCAUCUCACUACUCCCCAAACCAGACACCAGUGACCCAGGGUCCGACCUGCCCUGCUGAGCUCCCAGUAGUGAGAACACUGUAUCCCCCCCCCCCCCAUGCAUACUGGGCUCCCACUGAGGCAAGGCAGGACAGGACUGUCUUUAUUCCCAGUGGGAUUCUCAGUUCCUGGCUUUUUGUAAUACUCGCUCUUAUGUAGCUGAUAUAUCGAGAGAAGCCAAGAGCAAACCCUGUCUCAGCUUCCCGUUUCCAGUGAGUGAAAGUGUGUGGUUUUAUUUAUAGGCUACCUACUUUGGCUUCCGCAAUCAUUUAUUAUCUGUGUGUAAUUUGGCCCCACAUAAAUUAGAAAGAAUGGUGUGUGUGAGUAGUUUACAGCAGAGGGGAGAUGAUGAGUUGCUGCUAUAGUGAAGACAUGUUGUGGUUUUGAUAAAAUAAACUCUCAAUGUCCUUAA